AUGGAAGAAUUAAUAAGAGUAGAAUCAGAAAGACAUGCUUAUCCAAAUUCUACAAAGGUCCAAAUUUUUGUUAAUGGACUUUUUUUAUCAUAUAAUGUAAACAGUUCAGCCACUUCAUAUCUUCUAGAACAAUCUUAUUAUAAUUCUGUAGCAUCAAAAAUUUCUUCAGCUUUAAUCAAUUUAACCAAAGUAGCUAUUUAUAAGUUGACUGAAGCUGUAACUGUAAUAAUGGGUCAAGUAUUCAACUUAUAG